CAAUGCGGUAGUAGUGAACGGCGGAGUCCUGGCUGUAGGUUAGAGAGAGGUCUGUGUACAGACCGGUUCUCUAAAUUGACACCCGAGUGGGCCGCAGAGAUUUUCGAGGGAUCCGUAGGUCGGUGAUACGAACAUGGGGAACGCGGAGAGCGGCUGCGGGGGCGGCAGCGGCGACGAGGAGGACGUAGAAACGGAGAGCCCCGGUUUCGCGGAAGACAGCCCGGCCUCUGCGGCCACUGGCGUCAACGUUGGAGGCGGCGGCGGCGGCGGCGGUGGAGGCACCGGUUCUGGGCGAAGCGGAAGGGGAUCGAAUAACCUGCCAGUGCCCACCGGCGGACCCCCUACCCCCGGGGUCCUGCUAGAGCAAGUGAAACUAAGAGAGGCGGCGGCUCGCAUUAGUGACUCAGGAGUCGCCAUUCAGGAGUCAGUCCUGGCAGGGAACGAGGGUGUCCUGGUGCGGUGGCUGGAGGACCGGUUGAACCGAGGAGAGGAGUCUGUCAAUGUGGAACAGUUUUGUGAGAUGUUGGAAAGCAGAGACGCCCCGAGAGACGAGUGUGAAGAGGCCUUUGGACAGUUCGAUGCAGAGGGGGAUGGGGUGGUGGACGUCGAGAGCAUGCUGGUUGCUCUGAAGAACUCCAACGGAGCUAAUCUAAAAGGAGAGCUGAGUCAUGUGAUAAGACAGCUACAGGCAUGCUCCCUAACUCCAGGUUUUGUUGACAUAUUCUCCAAGACCAAAGACCGGUUAGGAGCGCAUGCCUCUAAGAUCCUUAAGUUCCUACACAGGAAUCGUAUCCCCAGCAGUGCCAUCCCCUUCCCUAUCUUAGAGGGAUACAACAGUAUCUGCACCAUGAGGUCCAGCGUGGUCCAGGACUUCUUGGAGUUCCUCUUGCAAAAAGAGAAAGAUUUAGACAUCCAGUACCGAGCAGAGCUGGACCGGGAUCCAGAGGUGGACAAGGUGAAGGUGGUCACGCAGUGCUACAGCUCCAUCGAAGCUUCGUCCAACGCGUCAGACAUCAACAAGAUGACGAAUGGGGAGACGUCCUCUUUCUGGCAGUCGGACGGCAGUGCGCGCUCACACUGGAUCAGAUUGAAAAUGAAGCCGGAUGUGGUUUUGAGACGUCUUGCCAUCGCCGUGGCUUCUAAUGACCACAGUUACAUGCCUCAGCUGGUCUCUGUUGCUGUCGGGAAGAACCGCCGCUCCUUGCAGGAGAUCAGGGACAUCCGCAUCCCCAGCAACGUAACGGGCUACGUAGCUCUCCUGGAAAACGCCAACAUCACACAUCCCUACAUCCAAAUCAACAUUAAGAGGUGCCUGAGCGAUGGAUGUGACACACGGAUUCACGGCUUGAAGACGCUGGGUUAUCAGAUUACUAAAAGUAAAGAGGUGUCUGUGUCGGAUGCUUCGGCCAUCUGGUACCUGUCUCUCCUCACCUCCCUGGUCACCGCGUCCAUGGAGACCAACCCUGCACUGGCUCAGACUGUCCUUCAGAGUACACAAAAAGCCUUACUGCACAUGCCACCGCUGUCCCUCACGCCGUCCUCCACAGAGUUCCCCAAGUUCUUCUCCCUGAACAUCCUGGAGGAGGUGGAUGGAUUUCUCCUCAGGAUAGCAGACUGCUGUGUGAGUCCUGAUGCAGAGCUCACCCUCCUCGCCUUCGCUCUGGCGCGGGGCAGCGUGGCGAAGGUGCUGCAGGCCCUGUCCUGCAUCAGCGACCAUUUAGAGGCCGAGUACAAGGCCUCUGCCCUCAUCGUGUCCAUGGCCUCCGUCAGGCUGCGGCUACUUAAUCGCAACGGGAAGCCCCUCCAGCUGCACCUGCAGGCGUGUGACGUCAAGAGCAAAGAGGAGAAAUCCGGACCUGAGAACAUGCUCACAGAAUCCUCCACUGGAGACGGUUUUCUGACAGAGAGCGGCAGGAAGAAAGCCAGUGUGAUCCUGUCCACAGAGGAUCAGAGUAACUUCCAGGUCACUCAGAUGAAGAUCAAAGUGCGAAAAGGAGCCAUUGGUGCAAAAUGCGGCUUGGUGUUUACGUACAAGGAGGAAGAGGCUUUCGAUGCAGAGAAACAUUUCAGGAGGUUUAAAAAGUACGACUCCUGGGACUACAAGGCCUACAAAGAGUUUGUACAAGACAGUGCUAAGACUCCAGCUCAGUCUGAAGAUGAGCCGAUUGGCUGGUUUGAGCUUGAGGAUGACUGGAACGACGUGGAGAUCAAGCUGCAGCAGUGUCGCGUUGCAAAGUUCCUGAUGGUGAAGUUCCUGUGCACCAGGCAAGACUCCGCAGAGCGUCUUGGCGUGCAGUCCCUCACCUUCAGCGGUUAUCUGUGUCCCGGGGCGGAGAGGCUCGGAGACCUGGACGACCUCAGUCCAGAGGGAGAGAGCUACGACCACGACGCGGUCACCGGCCUUUGUCUACUUAACAAGACACUAUUCUUCAUACAGCAGCUAACACGAGACAUGGAUGCCUCUCAUUUUAAACCGAAGUUUCUUCUGGACUUCAGUGGCCUCGGUCUGAACCUUUUCUGGAGCUUCUACAAUAAACUCAGGGAGAUUGAGGGAGAGGAGGUGUUGAAGAGCAGAGUUCUGCUGCUCCAGCUGAUGCAGAACUGUUUCCCCAUGAUGCCCAACCCACUGGAGCCCCGAGGCCCUGAGGACAGCACAGGACCAAAAGACGGAGCAGCACCAACUCCAGCUGCAGCAGCACCUCCAGCUCCAGCUGCUUGUCCAUCCACUUCCAGCAGCACAGAGCCUCCGUCUGAGUCUGUGAAGGCUGUUUGGGAACUCUACACUCACCUCUGCAGUGUGGUGGAUGGUCCAGUGGGAGAGUCGUUGGUGGAGAAAGCUUUGCAUAAAGAAGCAGUGAAGGCCAUUCUUAACGGAGCAGCAGUUUUCUUCCCUGAUAAACACGUCAGGAGAGACAAACUCUUCCACAUGAUGAAAAACAUCACAGAAGAGGACCAGCCCGAGUCGGUGAAGGUGACGUUUGAAUCUCUGUGUAAUUACUUCAGCGACCAAGAUCCAAGUGGCCUUCUCCUGCUCCCACCCAAAGGAGCUCCCGCAGACUUUGACAUCAGCCCCAUACUGUCGGUAAUGGAGACGCUGCUUCUGGUGGCAACACGAGAGUGUGAGGUGAUGAUGGUGGAUGAGAGCAGUGGAGCCAGCAGGACCGUGCUGCUGUCUUUGUUCUGGGCUCUGCAGGGCAGUCUGGUCUCCUGGUGCUACCUGCAGCUCAAGACUGGAUCCUCCACCGCCAUCGCCAUGGAGCUGGCCAGACAAAUCCUGCUUAAAUACGUGGAUCAGUUCCUGGGAAGUUUCAAAGCCAUUCUGGGUUCCCUGCUGCAGAGGUACACCGGUGCUCAAAUCAAUGACAAACUGGGCAGCUCCAUCCUCGCCACAGUCUUCAGACAACUGAUGAUUUUACUCCUGGAGCUGUGCUCUCUGGACAUCCCUCACAGCGUGCUGCUGAAGAACUUCUCCUCUCUGGUCGAGCUGCUCAAAAGCCUGUCAGGCGAUACGGGAGACAUCUUCUCGAAGGUGGAUCAGGAGAGCUGGCACCAGCCCCAGCAGCCCGUUGUGCUGAGGACCUGGAACUUGGAGUCUCCUCACAACUACGAGAACAGCCGACACGAGACCAGCAUCUUCGCUUGCCCCGGCGCCACCUCGUUUGAGCUGGAGUUUGACGAGCGCUGUGAGACGGAGAAGAGAUACGACUACCUAGAAUUCACAGACUCCCGAGGUGGGAAGGUCCGAUAUGACAUGAAGGUUGGAACUGAGAAGUGGCCGAAGAAAGUGACGUUUGACGCCGGCCCUCAGCUCCAGUUCCUCUUCCACUCAGACAGCAGUAAUAACGAGUGGGGUUACAAGUUCGCUGUGACCGCCCUCGGGCUCCCAGAUAUCACCAUCUCCUGGAUGUCAGACCUGCGGCUGCUGGUCGCUCGUCUGAUGGGUCGCCUGGCUUCAAGAACACUCGCCCUCAAAUCUCCUCAUGAGAUUCGCUCUGUGAAGGAGCUCCCCCAGGGGAAAAUGUCCCACGUUCAGUCUUCCCCUCUUUGGAAACCCAUCCUGAGACACGGGUUGUGUGAAGCCAGAGAGACCAAUCGAACAAAAUCACCCACAGACCAGUCGAAGUCGUGGACCCCUGAUGAGGUAGUGAAUUUCCUGGAGGACUUUGCCCGAUGGAACCCGUCCCAGGAGCCAACAGACAGCAGAACAGAACUGAUGAAGACCCUCGUGCAGUCCUGCAGGAAACAGCCGAUGAGAAACGAGAUUGCUCCCGGGUCAAAGACAGACCAGGCUGUGAACGCCAUUUGGGCGGCCAUGGUGUACCACACACCGGCCCUGAACCAUGCGCUGAAGACCUACGUUUAUCAGGAUUGUAAGUCGUGCCUGAGUGAAGAGUUUGUGCAGGUGUACGCACUCGCUGACAGCAUCAGGACUUGGAUGCUGGAGAUGAAGCAAAGGUACCUCGUUGGUAAAAUCUCCGUUCCUGAUGAGAAGGAGGGAGGUCAAGAUGAGGUUACCAUGGAGACGCUAGCGGAGAUGUGCAUUGAGAAGAGCCUCCUGCUGUUCAGAUUCACACCAUGUGGAGUGCCGUGUCAGGACAGUGACUCCUCCAGAGCUGCAGAGGGCAGCAGUGCUCUACUCCUCCGCUCAAGUUCGAUCUCAGAAGCGGACUUUCAGCCCAGCUCCUCUGUGGUACCUCAGCAUGCGGGGCCAGAGGAGAGCAGUGAUGCCAAAGCAGCGCAGAGCCAAACCUCUGGUGGUGCCCAAAACUCAUCUUCAUGUGGACACAAGCAAGGCCACAGAGGCUCCACAGAGAGCCUCUCCUCCCAGUCAGGAGAACCAGCCUCACCCUCCACCUUCCCCCGUAAGGCCCCGUUCAGCCGGGCCCGCCUACGCCUCCUCUCAUGCAGAUCUAUAGAAGAGCCGCGUAUGACCCCCUCUGUGAAGGAUCGCUACCCAAUCCUUAAACACAUCCUGAACUUUAUAAGGGACCAGGCUCUCACCACAGCAAGCAUUCUUCAGACCCUGUCACUGAGCAAAGCCCAGGCUCUGAGUGUGUGUAAGGUCCUGGAGAUGGUUCAGCAGUGUUUACAAUCCCUGGGAAAGCCACACCUCUUCCAGGCCCCCUGCAUCCUGUUCCUGCAGGAGCUGCUGGCGUGUCAGAAAGACUUCACCAGCUACUUCUCUCAGCUGUCAGACAGCGGGCAGAAGCUCAGAGAGGAGGUGAGGCGUUCCUACCAUCAGCUGGUGCUCAUGCUGGUGGGGGCAGUUCAAGCUUUCAGCAGCCUCAAUGAGAAAGCCCUGCUGCCCGCCCUGUCCUGUGUGCAGACCUGCUUGUUGCACCUUCUGGACAUGAGCUGGGAGGUUCACGACCUUCCUCUCUUCCUGAAUAUCAAGCUUCCUGAACUCCUGCUCAGCAUGUCCCAGGAAAACAUCAGUGUCCAUGACAUUGCCAUCAGUCAGUGGACUGAGGAGGAUGAAAUCGCAGACUACAAGAAGAACCAGGAGUGGAUGGAUGAGUGCAUGGACGGGAUGUUUGAGAAGUGGUACGACAAAAUCGACGAGGAGGACUCCAUGGAGGACAGGAGGAAGAUGCACAUGUUCAUCGCUCGUUACUGCGACCUGCUCAACGUUGUCAUCUCGUGUGACGGCUGCGAGCGGAUGGCACCGUGGCACCGCUACCGAUGUCUGCAGUGCAUGGACAUGGACCUCUGCAAGACGUGCUUCCUCAGCGGGGCCAAGCCAGAGGGCCAUGAGGACGACCAUGAGAUGGUCAACAUGGAGUACGCCUGCGACCAUUGUCAGGGUCUGAUUGUAGGCAGCAGGAUCAACUGCAAUGUCUGUGAAGACUUCGAUCUGUGCUUUGGAUGCUACCAUGCAAAGAAAUAUCCGGACAGCCAUCUGCCAACUCAUCGCAUCACAGUGUACCCCAUGGUGACGAUACGAAUCAGUGACCGGCACCGUCUGAUCCAGCCCUACAUCCACAACUACUCCUGGCUGCUGUUCGCCGCUCUGGCGCUCUACACGUCAGAGCUGAGCAGCCAGAAGCAGACGGAGGGAGAGACUUUGGACAACAACCACCUGAGCCAGGCGUCAGCGCUGCAGACCUGCUGCUCCCAGCUCAUCCCCGACUGCCUGCUCAAGGGCCAGCCCGGCAAAGGUCUGCGUUCCUCUGCCUUGCUCGCCCUGCUGUCGUCCAAUGACUCGUCUUCUGACAGUGAGCUGUGUCCAGUCUCACCAGAGUCCUCUCAGGAGCUCAGCACGGCCACUGACACCUCCUCUCUGCCUGGAUCCACCGCAGCCAUCUGCUCCCCAACGUCUCCAAAGGACAAGAGCAAACCGUCCAGUAAGGAGAAAAACCCAAAGGAGGUGGGCUCUCCUCCCACUGCUCCUCCUGAGGUGUCCUCCCCUCCAAGCACUGGAGAGCGGGACAAAAUGAAGCUGGUCAUCCAAGACACCCUGGACUCCCCUAGCCUCAGCCAGACCCCCUCGGUGUCCAGUGACGACCCCCUCUCCCCUGUGGUCCGAACCUCAGAGUCUGGACCGGGAGCAGUCAACUCUCCGACAUGUGACGUUGUAAAGGAGACGGACGAGAGGCUGCCGCAGGUCCCCCUUCAGGAGCACGUUUUCUCAGAGUGCUCCCGAGAGAGGAUCCUGGGUCUACUGGCUGCCAUGCUGCCACCAGCAAAACCAGGCUGCACCCUGUCCCUGCCCAGUCUGAACUCCAUCCUGCCCCAGCUUUUCAGAGCCGUCAUCUCCAACGCCGGAUCUCUGAACGAGACCUUCCACCUCACUCUGGGGCUGCUGGGUCAGCUGCUGCUCAGGAUCUCUCCGACUGAGGCCGACACCGCUGUCACAGAGGCUCUGGCUGACAAAUACGAGCUGCUGACACAGGGAGAGGCGGCCAGCUUAGACACCCAGGGCUGGAAGACCACACAGCUGCUUUUCAGUCUGGGGGCGGUCUGUUUAGACAGUCGUAUUGGUCUGGACUGGGCGUGCACGGUGGCAGACGUUUUGCACAGUCUGAAUGUGUGUCCCGAGUGGAGCACUGUCAUCGCUGCUUUCACUGACCAUUGUAUUCAGCAGCUUCCACAAACACUCAAGCGCACCAACCUCUUCACCCUGCUGGUGCUGGUGGGCUUCCCAGAGGUGCUGUGUGUGGGCACCCAGACGGUGUUUAUCGACAACGCCAAUGAGCAGCACAACAUGAUCCUGCUCAAACACUUCACAGAGAAGAACCACGCUGCUGUGGUGGACGUUAAGACCCGCAAGAGGAAAACAGUGAAGGACUACCAACUCAUCCAGUCCCAGGACUCCACUACAGCUGGUCUACCAGAGCAGUCCGAGGGCCAGGGCCGCCCAAAGACGCUGCUCAGCCGCUACCUGAGCAACUUCACCUCCAUCAUCAGCCACCUGCUACAGACCAGCCAGGACAACGGCUCGCCUGACGCUGUGGAGGCAUCCUGGGUUCUCUCCCUGGCUUUGAAAGGACUCUACAACACCCUCAAGAAACAUGGAGUAGACCAAGCUCAGGAGGACAUCCAGCAGUCGGGACUCACCCAGCUGCUGGUGAGGAAGUGCAGCAAAGGGACGGGCUUCAGCAAGCUGUGGCUGCUGCGAGAUCUGGAGAUCCUCUCCAUCAUGCUCUACUCCUCCAAGAGGGAGAUCCACUCCAUGGCCCAGGACCCCGAGCGAGACCAAAGGGAGCAGGACAAGGAGCAUGACUCGGACCACUCCAGCUGCUGCGCUGACGAGACGGACGUCAACAGACCCGACCCGUUAGAGGGUCUCGAUGAGGAGACGAAGAUUUGCUUCCAGAUCACCCACGAUGCCUUAAACGCCCCUCUGCCCAUCCUGCGAGCCAUGUACGAGCUGCAGAUGAAGAGAACAGACUCUUUCUUCCUGGAGGUGCAGAAAAGAUUUGAUGGAGAAGAGAUCAAAACAGACGAGACAAUCCGCACGCUGGCUCAGAAGUGGCAAGCUACCAGACGGCCUCGCUCUGAGGAGAGGAACACCAAGGCUGUGGACACGGACAUGAUUGUUGUGUCAUGUGUGUCUAAACCCAGUCACUGUGAAAAGGCCACAGAAGAGGUCAACGUCGUGGCCCAGAAGCUCAUCACCAACUCCGAGAGCGACCUACAGCUCAGCUACGCCAAACAGAGGCGCACGAAGAGUUCGGCCCUGCUGCACAAAGAGCUGGACGUGCGCAGCAAUCGGGCAGUUCGUCAAUACCUGGUGAAGGUGAACCAGGCCAUCGCCACGCUGUACGCCCGCCACGUGCUGGCCUCGCUGCUGGCCGACUGGCCUGCAGAGGCAGCGCUGAGCGAAGAGGCGCUGGAGCUGAACGGGGCGUCGCACAUGGCCUACAUCCUGGACAUGCUGAUGCAGCUGGAGGAGAGGCCGCUGUGGGAGAAGAUUCUGAAGAGGGUGCUGAAGGGCUGCAGUCAGAGCAUGCUGUGCAGUCUGUCUCUCACUGCCUGCCAGUUCAUGGAGGAGCCGGGUAUGGCCGUGCAGAUCCGAGAGUCCAAACACCCGUACGACAACAACACCAACUUUGAGGACAAGGUGCACAUCCCCGGGGCGAUCUACCUCUCUGUGAAGUUUGACUCUCGCUGCUACACAGAGGAAGGCUGCGACGAGCUCAUCAUGUCCAGCAGCAGCGAUUUCCUGCAGGACGUCCACAACUUCAGCGGCUCUCCUCAGAAAUGGUCCGAUUUUGAGAUUCCAGGUGACACCCUGUACUACAGAUUCAUGUCAGACAUGAGCAACACAGAGUGGGGCUACAAGUUCACUGUCACAGGAGGCCACCGAGGACGCUUCCAGACAGGCUUUGAGAUACUGAAGCAAAUGUUAGCAGAUGAACAAGUGCUCAGUCACCUUCCACUCGCCGACAUCUGGGAGUGGCAGGUGGGCGUGGCCUGUCGUCAGACUGGGAACCAGCGUCUCAAAGCCAUCCACUUGUUGCUCCGCCUCCUGCAGUGUCAGUCCACGACCGCCUGUGAGCUGACGCUGCUGCGACCUCUGUGGCAGCUCUUCAUGACCAUGGAAAACAGCCUGAGCCAGGAUCCCACCAGUAUCACUGUUCUGCUGCCUCUGCACCGAGCCCUCACUGAACUCUUCUUCAUCGCAGAGGCCCGGGCCAUCUCUCAGGGGAUCCUCCAGGAGUACCUGUUAGCCAUGACCACUGACGAGCAGCUCCUCAACCACACAGCAAUGGCUCUGAAGAACAUCGCCGCCAUCAGCCUGGCCAUCAAUUACCCCAAUAAAUCUACCAAGCUCCUCAACGUGUCUCCUUGAGGGAGCCACAGGGAGACGUAGGCGGAGGGGGAGGGAGGGGGGUGGGGUGGGGGGAUGCAUCCUGACUCGGCUGGAUCACUUUGAAGGAGCUGUGGAGAGGUGGGGGGGCGCCCACCUCCACCUCCACCUCCAUCCUCUACACCUGUAACUCUCUGCAGGUCUCCGGACUCUGGAGCUGUGGUGGAUUACACUGAAGGAGCACUUUCCACACUUACUCACAAUCCUUUUUGCCUUAGGUGAAUCCGGUAUAUCAGCAUGUGCAUUCACUGGAACAGUAACAGGAACAGCUGCGGGGUCUCCUUUUCUUUUUUUCUUUUAUUUGUUAUUAUAAGUUUUUACUUGAAGAUGCCGUGCUAAAGGACAUGCCGUGUGCCAAAUUAGCGACCUUCAAGGGGGGGGGGGGUUUGUUCUUUUCAUUCUGUCCUGCCUUUCUUCCUCGUGAACAGCAGCAGCCUCUCUGGGUUACAUAGUUGAUCACGGUGAAAACAGGUCACCUUGGCGACUCGCAGGUCUCAGCGGACAUGUAGAGCAUCCUAAAAAUACUGUCCGGGACAGUGGAGGCUCAUUAGUCACCACGGAGAAAAGGUACUGACCUACUAGCUCAUUCAACCCCCUCCCUCCCUCCUCCCUCCUUCCUCCCUCCUUCCUCCCUCCCUUCCUUCCGACCCACCUUCCGUCGUUCCUCUCCGACAGCAGAAGUAGAAGAUGUUUUUUUUUUCAGAGCUCUCCUUGAAGGAUAGAUAAUCACAGAUAUCCUAAACAUAAAUCUGUCUUGAUGACACGUGUAAUGCACGCUUAACACCCCCCCCCCCCCAAACACUCGAUACCUGCUGACAGUUUGAUCAGGCUGCACAGGAUCAACGUAAAGCCAAUAAUAGCCAUAGUCUGCAAACUGUGAUAAUCGACUAUCGCAACGCAUUCCUUUAAAGGUUGUUCUGCCGACAUGUUGAAGUAUUUUCACUCGCUCACUAGUGAAGGAACGAAUGAUGUCAAAAGACGUUCAUGAAAAUGAAAACAGCAAAAAAAAAAAAAAAAAGGACGGGGGAGAAACCGUUAACCCCUUAAAGGCCUUCAGUUUUAUCCAUUAAGUUAUUUAUUCUUAUCUAAAGUUUGAUCGGGUUCAGCUCUUCACGAGCAUCAUCGUCUUUAUUUUACAGCCGUGAAGAGCGAGCUGCUCACACCUUUUCUCCUCACGCCACUUCUAGACACGACCGCCAUUGUUACCGAUCGCUGUGCUGACAAACAAACACGAGACUGUAAAAUAGACACCCCACUAAUCACAGGCCACACACACAGACGUGUGUAAUACCUCAUCUUCUGUAACUACACGAGUAAUCGAUGGCGUGCUUCUCUCGGUGUUUAACGUGGCGUUCAAUCGCAUCACAUUUUUGCCACGGCGACGGCACUAAUUCACCUUCACAUACAAAAAAAAAGGAACCAUGUGGUGUUUUGUGACGAAUCAAAGACAGAGGGAGUUCAGAUGGACUUUGUUUUCCAGUUUUAAUUUUCAGGUUUUGAGGUGGUUUUAUUUUGAAAGGAAGUCGUGGUCGUUUAUACCAAAGAAACCAAUCAUUGUGAGCCAUGAGACGUCGCAGACGCAGCUCCUGGAAGAGCGCCAUCUCCAUCCAUCACGUGUCAGAAAGAAGCGACCCGGAGCAGAGGGAACCUUUAAACAUCCGCUCUGUUUGUGUCAUUUUAAUUUGUCAUGUUUUUGUUUUAAUUUUUUUCGCGAGGCGGUCUCUUAAAGCGGGCCGCAGAAAAAGCUCGGCGGGUUUUGUUUACACAAGCAUCAGCUGCAGUGAGGAGAGAGGAGGAGGAGCACACGGCCUCGCCUCACCUAUCUACCACGUGCCUACGGUUAAAAAUGAAGCAAUCAUAAUUUAACUCAUGUUAGCCGAAUAGUGAUUAAUUCUAUUUUAAAAAGAGAAUUAUAUUGUUUCCUUUGAGGUUGUUUUGUAACUUUUUACUUUUAAUGUCGGUUGCUCUUUUCUGUUGCUGCGAGGACGCUUGAUAUUCGAGGCUGACUAAUUUGAAUGUACAUAUCUGUGAAUAAUAAUUGCACAGGAGAAAGACUUUGAUAUCAACCCCUUACAAAUAUAUAUAUAAAAAAAACAACUUUAUUGGGCACUAACAGACAGACACUUUGAUUCUGAUUUUGUAUGCAUGGCACAUUGAAGGUUACAAAAGAUAAAUAUAUAAAGGACUCGGGUUGAAAUGUGAUCCAUUUCUAAUAAAAAAUAGAAAUUA